UUAGUGUGUGUGCGGAUGCUUCCCGGCCACCGUACUGCGCUUCCCGGCCACCGUACUGCGCCUCCACCCGAUUUCCGCUGCUGAUGCUGGGACCACAUACCUGCUGGAGGGAACCACGGAUGAUUACACCACCUCUGCUACAGUCCCGUUAGGCUGGUGACUUAAACAACGAGGCUGGCACGGCGUCAGUGAAGGGAAACGACCCCCUGCUGUCGGCUAUCGUUGAAUGUGCUACUAUCAUUGCUAAAGCUAGCUAACUAGCUAGCAGGUGAAGCUAACGUGAAGUUCCGCUGUGGCUGGCUCUCACACGUCUAGUUUGCUGUUAUUUCGUAGCUAGUUCGGCAGAGAGUGAUUUUUAAAGUUCACAUAUUUCAAUUGAGUGCAGUGGCCAUGAUAAUAGCAAAGUGCUUACCAGUUCAUUUCCAGGUCAGAAAGCUGGUAAAUUAUCAGAUGUGAUCAGGAGAAAAUAGUCACUUAAGCCCAACACGAAGUUUAUCCAUCAGUGAACAUGGCUCCUAAAAAGAGACCAGUGCCCUUAAACAUUGCUCCUGCAUGGGACGGGUUGCCCACCUCCACCAACAUUGAUGUUGAGUCUGAGGCCAAUUUAGAGGCACUUAAAAGAAUAUUGGAAGAGUUGGACCUGGAUGAACAACAGAAGAAAAGGUUGGAAGCUUUCCUUACCCAAAAGGCCAAAGUGGGCGAGUUGCGAGAUGACGACUUCCAUCGUGUCUGUGAGCUGGGAGCAGGCAAUGGAGGAGUUGUCAACAAGGAAUGCCACAAAUCUUCAGGAAUAAUCAUGGCCAGAAAGCUUAUUCGUCUUGAAAUUAAACCUGCAUUCAGAAACCAAAUCAUCCGAGAGCUUCAGGUGCUGCAUGAGUGCAACUCUCCCUACAUUGUGGGCUUCUAUGGAGCAUUUUACAGCGAUGGAGAGAUCAGCAUCUGCAUGGAGCACAUGGAUGGUGGAUCUCUGGACCAGGUGCUGAAAGAAGCAAAGAGGAUCCCUGAAGAGAUUCUGGGCAAAGUCAGCAUUGCUGUUUUGAGAGGCCUUGUGUACCUAAGAGAAAAACAUCAAAUCAUGCAUAGAGAUGUGAAGCCUUCAAACAUACUAGUGAACUCGCGGGGGGAGAUCAAGUUGUGUGACUUCGGUGUAAGCGGGCAGCUCAUAGACUCUAUGGCCAAUUCCUUUGUUGGCACAAGAUCCUAUAUGUCGCCGGAGAGAUUGCAGGGAACCCACUAUUCUGUGCAGUCAGAUGUGUGGAGUAUGGGGCUGUCCCUUGUGGAGUUGUCCAUCGGACGCUACCCCAUCCCUCCUCCAGAUGCUAAAGAACUGGAGGCCAUAUUUGGACGUCCAAUCUUGGGUGGUAGUGAAGGACAGAGGCUGAGCACUUCACCCAGACCUAGACUAUCGGGUAGACCAGCCAGCGGUCAGGGUCCGGCCAUGGCCAUCUUUGAACUACUAGACUACAUAGUAAAUGAGCCUCCUCCCAAACUACCACAUGGCGUAUUCACCUCUGACUUCCAGGACUUUGUGACAAAGUGUCUCAUCAAAAAUCCAGCAGACAGGGCUGACCUGAAAAUGUUGACGAACCAUAUGUUUAUCAAGCGGGCUGAGGUGGAGGAGGUAGACUUUGCUGGCUGGCUUUGUAAAACCAUGGGGCUGAACCAACCAACCAGUCCAACGCGCACUGCAGACUGAACACACUCUCUCAUGCACACAGUAUGUUCAUGUAAAAACGUGGAUAAACUGCUGCCUAAAACCUGGCGCCCACAUAUACAGACUGUUUGCCGCGGCCUCCCUCAGGUGAACCUCUGAAGUCUCCAUCUAUCAAAUGAACUCGAGUGACAAGUAAGCUGGGAAAUACACUGUAUCUACAGCGCAAGUGUGUUAAUCCCAGUUAUUACAAUCAUGGUUAUACAUCUGUACAUGUGUACAGGCAGAUUUAUAUAUGAAUUUGUUUUGUGCAAACACAUGUAGAAAUGAGAAAAAAAAGCAUUUAUUUUAUGAAAACAUGUCAGGUUAUGUUUGACCAUAGGUGUGUCUGUGUUAGCAAGAGGUGAUUGAUUCUAGGAUGUAUUUUGCAUUUGGUGAUGUGACUGAGUUCUACAAGUUUUGAGAUGUCUUGAUUGAAGCACAAUGUUUAAUAUAUUUUAGCAUGACCCUUGUGUCAAAGCCAAAAACAAGUUACAACCUAAAUGCACCAUCUGCUUCCUCUGCAUGUCAGAGUUGUUAACUUUUAGCAGCAUCCUCAGCUUGUUGUGUUACCAUUAGCUUCAGACUAGCUGCACUGGGGCAGAGGUUGCCUUUGAAAAUACUGGAGAUUCUUCCCUGGACAGUACCUACUGUAACAAGACUAUUUUCAUCUUUUGAGCAAGCUGCAUCCGGCUCUCUGAGCAGUCUCAUUUGAAGCAAAUGAUUAGCGCAUUGUAUUUGCAGUAAUAUAAACAACAGGACAGUGAUUUGCUAUUGAAGUGCAUCCUGUACUGCGGCAGAAUCGAGUCAUCUUUCUCCUUCUUUUUGUCCUAUUUGUCUUAUUCCUCUUUUAGGUAACAAUAAAGAUGUUUUUUUUUUUGGUAAAAUCAUUGAAAGCUUUGUCAUUAUAAAGUCUGAAUUGUCAAUAAAUGCCAUGUAAGAUGAUAUCUUCAUUUGCCAGACUAUAACUUCACUGUUUAUGCACUCAUUUCACCAGAAGGGGGACGCACUCACUUCAAUUGCACUGAAGACUUUAGUUCAAUUACUCACAAAAGUAUGCUACCAAACAGAAAAUAUCAAAAUAUACUUGGUACGGUAUAUGUAGUGUGUUGUGCCUACAUCGCUGCAACCAAGUUAAUGCCGACUGAAAUGAAAAGCAGGACCGUGAAUUAAAGCCCUGCUGAAAUAUAUUACUCCGCCAUUUAUAUUACUAACACAAUGAUCAUCUGGAGUAAUAAUGAAAUGUCUUCCCUUGACUGUCUUGUCAACUUCAGGCUGAAAAUGUGAGGCCUCGAGCUAAUGGAAAGACGUAGUGUUGCAGUGUGUGGUGUAAUGAAAAUGUACUGUAUGUACGCUUCAUGUGCAACAGUAAGACAGGUGCUGAGAAAAAACAUCUCUAUACAAAGGUCUUGUUUGUCUCUCUUUGACCUUCACGCCUGCCUGAUCAUCAACUUCUUAUCUUAGGAGCAAGCAGAUGUAACAAGACAGAAAUGUCUGCAGAUACUGCCACAUAGCCUUGACCACCCCGCCAUUGUUACCCCGCUUAUAUAGCAGAGAGUGCAGCCUCUUUUUUUUUUCUUGAGUGCAUUCUUUUCAGACUCGGUGUGACUGUAAAACCUAUGCCUCUUCCUGCAGGAAUAAAAUACCACAAAGACACUC